CACACUCUGAUAGCCUCACUGAUACCAGUAUGGCUCCAAGCUCACCCAGCAGUGACUACACAGGCCUCCAGCACUCCCACAGAGAAAAAAGAAAACUGAGAAAGCCUGCAGUGGAGAAGAUGCGCAGGGAUCGCAUGAACAGCAGCAUCGAGCAGCUCAGGAUCUUGCUGCAGGAGGAGUUCCACAGGGAAGACCCCAACGGCAAGCUGGAGAAGGCCGACGUCCUGGAGCUGGCGGUCAGCUUCCUGAAGCAGAGACUGCGGCGUGGGGCUGCAGUCAGUCAGAGGGCUCACAGUGAGGGUCACUCUCAGUGCUGGAGGGACACCCUGCACUUCCUGUCGGCGAGCUCUGAGAGAGAAGUGCCGCUCCAGCAGCUACACCGUUUCCAUGACACCCAGAGAGACACCCAGGAGUUCCACCCGAAAUCUCCAGUCAUUCCAAAACACAGCCUGAUCCCAGCAAAACAAGACACAACCACCCAGAUGACCGUAUGGAGGCCCUGGUAGAGUCUGUACAGGCACAUCAGAAAAAGACUGUGACAGACAUAUCUGGUAGAGUCUGUACUGAUGUAUGUGAGUCUUCAUUGAUUGCCUAAUAGGGUCUGUACUGACAUAUCUAAAUAGUCCAUACUGGUGCACCUGUUAAAGACUGGACUGUACAGACUUACCUGGUAGAGCUUACCUGCUUUGUAAACUAGAAAGGCACUUGAUGACUCUCAAGGUGCCUGAAAUAUAAAUUUACAAUAUUCUUCAUUGUUAAUAUUUGUACUGAGUAUGAUUUGAAUUGCUUUGUAAAUUAUUUUUACAUUUGGAGAAAGCUUUUUUGGUUCAAUGAAAAGCUUGAUUCAAGUUACAUAUGUAUCAGUGGCCUAUGCUUUCAGUGUCUAACAGACCUAUGCUGAUAGUACCCUUUAUCAGAAGUGUGUUGUUGCAUAAGAACACAAUGUUCAAGUUACUGUGUAAAUUUUAAAGCUGUUUGCAAUGCAAACUCACAUCCCUGAAAUUCACCCAUUUUAUGAAACCAUUUCUUUGUGUAAAAGACCAGUGUUCAUUUUAUUGCUGACACCACUGUGUGGUUAAAUUAUUUGUUAACAUUUUGUGA